UGUUCUGUGCCUUGUGGAGUGGGACAGAAAACACGUGACGUAAAAUGCGUCAGUAACAUUGGCGAUAUUGUUGACGAUGAAGAAUGUAAUAUGAAGCUACGGCCAAAUGACAUUGAAAACUGUGACAUGGGUCCAUGUGCCAAAAGUUGGUUUCUUACAGAAUGGAGUGAUAGGUGCUCAGCAGAGUGUGGUGAAGGAGUGAGAACACGGUCAGUAGUCUGCAUGUCCAAUCACAUCAGCAGUUUGCCGCUGGAAGGAUGCGGAAACAACAAACCAGCAGAAACUACGACCUGUGAUAACGGGCCAUGCGAGGGCAAGGUUGAGUGGUUUACUGGAGCCUGGAGUCAGUGCUCAGUUGAAUGUGGUUCUGGAACCCAACAAAGAGAUGUAAUUUGUAUUAGAAAGACUGUCGAGGGAUUUUCUGUGGUGCAGCCACAUGAAUGUUCCUUUUUGGAGAAACCACCAAAUCAGCAAUCCUGCCAUCUCAAAUCUUGUGGUGCAAAAUGGUUUUACACAGAAUGGAGUACGUGCUCCAAAUCAUGUGAAGGUGGUUUCCGGGUCCGUGAAGUUCGAUGCCUCACAGAUGACAUAUCACACAGUGACAAAUGUGAAGCAGAACUUAAGCCGGAAGACAGAGAGACCUGUAAUACCCAGGACUGCAUCCCAGAGAUAGAUGAAACAUGCAAAGACAAAUACUACAACUGCAACGUGGUAGUGCAAGCUCGGCUUUGUGUAUACGCCUACUAUAAGACAGCUUGUUGUGCUUCCUGUGUGAAAGCAGCAAGUAGACAAUCAGGAUACCUUGGACGAAGAUAACAGCUACUGAUACCUUUAACCUAAUACAAGAGACAGCACAUAAGCGAUGACAAUAACUGAUCUGACUCCUUGCUUCUGGCAUAUACAGUUCAAACUCAACAUUUUAACUGACAUGGAAAUUCAUCAUUACCAUCCAGUGCUAUCUGCAACUUUUAUAGGAAGAUUCUGACUUUUUUUUUUUAUGAACAGAGCAUUUUUGCUUUACUAUUUUAAACUUGACUUUGUGCACAUUGCUGGAGAAGUACAAUACCCAACCUGCACCAAUCUAGAGGAGCCAAGUAGAGGCACAGGGCUGGUAUAUUUUUUUCGGGGUUUAAUGUAUUUUAUGUACUGUAUAUAAUCGAGAAGUGGUUUUUAGCUCAAACAAUAGUCUGGGAUGUUGGAUUAACUGCCUUGUAAAUAAUGAUUUUAUAUAAAUUGGAAAUUCUGCAGUCAUGGUUCAUUUCAACUUCAUGGUACACGUU